GGCUACACAAAGCGUGACGUUAUACGGAAGUAGUUCUGCUUUAAGCUGUGAGCAUUCGCGUAAUCCAAAACAUGGAACAAAAUAAUGACGGGAGUUUGGCCCAGGUCCGGCAUGUUGUGUUGGUGCUGUCAGGGAAGGGAGGUGUGGGCAAGAGCACCAUCACCACGGAGCUAGCUCUGGCUCUCAGGCAUGCUGGCAAGAAGGUUGGCAUCCUGGAUGUUGACCUAUGUGGGCCCAGUAUCCCCCGCAUGCUGAAUGUGGGUCACACCGAUGUGCACCAGUGUGAUGCAGGAUGGGUGCCUGUCUACACUGAUGCUGACAAGAGCCUCGCCCUCAUGUCCAUUGGCUUCUUGCUUGAGGACCCAGAUGAAGCAGUGGUGUGGAGGGGGCCCAAGAAAACAGCUAUGAUUGGCCAGUUUGUGUCAGAUGUAGCAUGGGGAGAGCUGGACGUGUUGCUAGUGGACACACCGCCAGGGACGUCUGACGAGCAUAUAGCAGUACUGGAGAACCUGAAAAAACACAGAGUGGAUGGAGCCGUUUUGGUCACCACACCUCAGGCAGUGUCCACGGGGGAUGUGAGGAGGGAGGUCACCUUCUGUAAGAAGACAGGUGUACGGAUCCUGGGCAUCGUCGAGAACAUGAGCGGCUUUGUUUGUCUGCACUGCUCAGAGUGCAGCAAUAUAUUCUCAAAAGGAGGUGGCGAAGAGUUAGCCAAGCUGACAGGAUCAACAUUCCUAGGUUCAGUGCCCUUGGAUCCUGCGCUCAGCACCAGUAUAGAGGAAGGCAAGGACUUCAUACAGUCGUUCCCUGACAGCCCCACCUUCAGUGCCAUCAGCAACAUUUGUCAGACUCUGCUCGACAGCCUCCAAACUGCUUGAGUAACAUUUUAGCACACGGGUAGAAGUAUUAGACAUGAGCAAAUGUAAUGACGUCUGUGUUGCAUUUAUGUCCUGUACAGUUAAACACAAUAUAAACCUAUUUACUGGU